AUGUCGGACAACCGUAAGCGAGCCAAGUCCAGUAAUGGCCAGCAUGGUCAAACUCUAAAGAAACAUCGAUUGGCGGUCGAGGUCGGCGACUCCGCUCACCCGUCCAAGGAGCACGCUCCCGGAGAUCCAGAACAUUCAGUCGCUCCUGCAAAGGACAAAGAGAGAGCCCUAGCGCCAGGCCCUGUCCCAAAAGUCUCCCUUAUUUCGCUCCCGGACGAGCUCCUCCUCAAUACCGCUAAGGCCCUCAGCUCUCAGCACUGCGACACCGAUCUCUUGACCCUGGCUGUCGUCUGUCGACGCUUCCGUGGCAUCGUACAAGAAGUCGCCUUACAGCCCGGCGGCCUUCUCGAACCGAGGAACAUCUGGGUGCUCGUCCAGGCGCUGCUCCCGAACCCCUCGUUGGCGGAAGCCAUAACCCAGCUGCGUUUGACUUCGUUGGAUGUCCGGUCGAGUCGCGAGCUGGAACAGUCCGACGACGAGAAGCGAAUCCGCAUCACCGAGGAGGACUACGCCAUAUGUUGCGACAUCAUCCGCAAGGCCCGUCCAGGGGAGAACACGAAGGCCUGGGAAUGCGCCGUCAUGCUCGAAGACAGCUUCGCCUCAACCGGUCUGUCGCUAAUCCUGGCCAUGGCAUCCAAUCUGACGAGUUUGUCCAUUGGCGCCAGCACUAUCAUAUACCUGCCGCUGCUGGCAAACUUGCUCCGCUCGGGCGACGAAAUGAUGGGCGUGAUCCAUCUCAAGUGGCACCACCAAGCUCUCUCGUCCCUCUGUGAGAGGCUGGAGGUGCUGGAUAUCGUAGAUGAUAGCGAGUACAAGAAGUUGAUGUUCGCCCAGGGAAUGCAUCUACGAUUCCACCGCUUUCGAAAGCUGAAGCGGCUACAUCUGCCUAUGGGAAGCGUCGUGCCUCGGCCUAGAAGCAACACUCCUGGCCCGCAUAUAACUGUGUGCAAGGCACUUCCUAGGAGCCUAGAGUAUUUGCGUCUGUACGUCGGGAACUUGCCGCCAAAAUACCCUUUCGGAUGGGCGGAGCGAGUGAUUGACAACGUGGAGGACUGCGGUGAUUUGCGGCGCGUGGAAUCUGGCGCGUCCAACGCAGUGGACUUUGUUGUUACGGGAAAUGGGCGGUUCUCUAAGGACACUUGA